CCUCAAUGACAGGCAAAAUGUGCGACAGGCGCUGUGGAGGCAGGGAGGGAGCGGCGCUGCCUCCUCCUCCUCCUCCGCCUCCCCGGGCCAGCAGCUGAGGCAGCUCUGCCCGCUCCCGGCCCCGGCCCGCUUCCCGGCCCCCUGCCCGCCUCUCUCCUUUCCCUCCUCGGCCCCGCCGCCGCGCCCCGGCCGCCGCCGAGCUGCCAGGAGGGGCAGCCCUCCUCCCCCCGGGAGGCGUCCGCGGGAGCCUGAGAGGAACCCGGCGCCUCGAUGAGCUCCUAAGCUCUCCCCAACCCUGCCCCGUCCUCGCCGGCAGCAGCUCCAGGUGCGCGGGGUCAGAGCGGAGCCGGGGACGCAGCUGGCUGCAAUGGCGUCCAACAUGGACCGAGAAAUGAUAUUGGCUGAUUUCCAGGCAUGUACUGGUAUUGAAAAUAUUGAUGAAGCUAUAACGUUGCUUGAACAAAAUAACUGGGAUUUAGUGGCAGCUAUAAAUGGUGUAAUACCACAAGAAAACGGCAUUCUACAAAGUGAGUAUGGUGGAGAGACUUUACAUGGACCAGCGUAUGGCCCCGCAAGUCAUUCUACAGCAGCUUCUUCAACUCCUUCCUCCUCCUCAGCAUUUCGCCACGUAGUGCCAUCAAGACAAAUAGUGGAAAGGCAACCUCGAAUGCUUGACUUCAGGGUUGAGUACAGAGACAGAAAUGUGGAUGUAGUACUUGAAGACAGCUCCACAGUUGGAGAUAUCAAACACAUUCUAGAAAAUGAACUUCAGAUUCCUGCAUCUAAAAUGCUGUUAAAAGGGUGGAAGACUGGAGAUGUAGAUGAUAGUACUGUUUUAAAAACUCUACACUUGCCAAAAAAUAAUAGUCUUUAUGUUCUAACACCUGACCUGCCUCCUCCUUCUUCAAGUCAUUCUGGGGCCCUGCAGGAGUCAUUAAAUCAAAACUUCAUGCUGAUCGUCACCCAUCGAGAAGUCCAGCGGGAGUACAACCUCAACUUCUCAGGAAGCAGUACCAUUCAGGAGGUAAAGCGGAAUGUGUAUGACCUAACUAGUAUCCCUGUCCGACACCAGUUAUGGGAAGGCUGGCCUCCUUCUGCCACAGACGACUCGAUGACUCUAGCUGUUUCGGGACUGACUUUUCCUUGCCAUCGACUUACAGUUGGAAGAAGAACUUCACCCGUACAAACAAGGGAACAGUCAGAGGAGCAAUGCACUGAUGUCCACAUGGUUAGUGACAGUGAUGGAGAUGACUUUGAAGAUGCUACGGAGUUUGGAGUUGAUGAUGGAGAAAUGUUUGGAGUAGCAUCAUCUGCCUUGAGGAAAUCGCCAAUGAUGCCAGAAAAUGCUGAAAAUGAAGGAGAUGCCUUACUACAAUUUACAGCUGAGUUUUCUUCAAGAUAUGGUGACUGCCAUCCUGUUUAUUUUAUUGGAUCAUUAGAGGCUGCUUUUCAAGAAGCCUUCUAUGGGAAAGCUAGAGAUAGAAAGCUUCUUGCUAUCUACCUCCACCAUGAUGAAAGUGUACUAACCAAUGUCUUCUGCUCACAAAUGCUUUGUGCUGAAUCUAUCGUCUCCUAUCUGAGUCAGAACUUCAUCACUUGGGCAUGGGACAUGACAAAAGAAGCAAACCGAGCAAGGUUUCUGACGAUGUGCACUAGACACUUCGGGAGUGUCAUAGCCCAAACAAUUCGAACUCAGAAGACAGACCAGUUUCCACUUUUCCUUAUUAUUAUGGGAAAACGAUCAUCUAAUGAAGUAUUGAAUGUAAUACAAGGUAACACAACAGUGGAUGAGCUAAUGAUGAGGCUGAUGGCUGCAAUGGAGAUCUUCACUGCCCAGCAGCAGGAAGACAUAAAGGAUGAGGAUGAACGUGAGGCCAGAGAAAAUGUGAAGAGAGAGCAGGACGAAGCGUACCGCAUAUCGCUGGAGGCUGACAGAGCCAAGAGGGAAGCACAAGAGAGAGAAAUGGCAGAGCAGUUCCGCUUGGAGCAGAUUCGGAAAGAACAGGAGGAAGAACGUGAGGCUAUCAGGCUCUCUCUUGAGCAGUCUUUGCCCCCCGAGCCGAAGGAGGAGAGCACCGAGUCCGUCAGUAAACUGCGCAUCCGGACGCCCAGCGGAGAGUUCUUUGAGCGGCGUUUCCUGGCCAGCAGCAAACUGCAGGUCGUCUUUGAUUUUGUAGCUUCCAAGGGGUAUCCUUGGGAGGAGUACAAGCUGCUGGGCACCUUUCCGAGGAGAGAUGUGACCCAGCUGGAUCCAAAUAAAACGUUACUGGAGGUAAAACUGUAUCCUCAAGAAACCCUUUUCCUAGAGGCAAAAGAAUAGAUCAAACAAGAUUGUAGGACUAAUCAUCCUUUGACAAGCCAGAGGCACAGCAUCGAAAGGAAGACUUCUAUCAAUGCCACCUUGUACUAUCAUCCAACUCAACUCCAUGUCACAACUUUGCCUCUUGCAAGAAUCCUGAAAAAUUGAAAACAAAAAACGUAGCUACUUAAAGUUUCACAUACAUGAGUAUAUGUUUCCAACCUCAUUUAAAUAAGCAGAGGAUAAAAUUCUGCUAUGAACACUGAACAUUAUGACUCUGUUGCUCACUUAUCAUCCAGCUUUUGUUAUAAUUAAUGCACUGUUAAAAUGUGAGUGAUUGUUAAGUAGAAUUUUUACUCCUCAAAUGCCCCUUUUUCACCAAGAAAUCUUGGACAUUUCUGCCUGUACUUUUGACACUAGAAUGCUGUAUAUUUGAUAUCUUGCUGAGCCAGUGCUCUCAUAUAUAUGCAUUUUAUUUCUGUGUUUGGAUUUCUACUUUGUCAACUAAUUUAAAAAGGCAGAAAAAAUUAACGGGACAUUCUCAGCCAUGGAAAUUUAACAGUAUUAUAGUAGAAAGCAUAUAUAAUUUUUGUUAGUACUUUCUGACUUCUUUGAUAAGAUGUAAGGUUUUGUUUGAAGAAUAUAGUUUGACAUAUAUGCGAGAUAUUUAUUUACUGGUUCUGCUUUGGGUCUCAGUUCUGAUUCAGUUUAGGAAGUAUUUUCCAUUACAUUGCAGUGUGUGAAACUGCUUAUUGCAUGAUGUGAAUAUUUAAAUAACAUUAGAAAUGGCCAGUACCAGAAACCUGGUAUCUUGCCAACACUUUCAGGAAUCAGCUGAUAUUGAAUAUCGGCUGCUAAAAACCUUUCAAAUACCAGAUACAAAAGUUCUUUAUUUCUCAUUGUGAAAGAAAGGGCAGUUCCCAUUUUAGCAGUUUUCCUCCACUCUGGCACUUGUUUGUAUCCUAUUACUCUGCUGUUUUAAAGCACCUUGUUUGUUUCAUCAAACAAUGAGUAUCUUAAGAGGUGGUGUAAUAAGAAAUCUGCCUUAUUAUUGCACACUUUGGACAAUUUGACAAUAGAUUACUGAUCCCGUCUCAAAUUAAAGAAAUCCUAGUUCUCUCGUCUGAAAUGUAUGCACCAACUACCUGCUAUCUGAUGUGGAAAAAAACUGGUACUUUAAAUUUCUCAAGCAUAGAAUGAGCAUACUGAGUCCAAGACCAUAACAUACACUUGAUGCCAAACCUGCAUCAAAACUGGUUUGGUUAAUAUUUUUUUUCUUUUCUUUUCUUUGUUUUUGUUUUGUUUUGUUUUGUUUUGUUUUUUUUAAUCUCUGUGCUUACAGGAUAGUGCAUAAUAGCACUGCAGAAGCGGCAUCUGCUAAUCAAACUUUUUUUUUUUUUUAAAGCCUGGCACAUUUGUUUUCCACAUCUGUUUAUAUGUAAUUCAUAGUGUUUAUCGUAGCAAAAUGAGUUCUGAUUUGAAAAUUUUAUACUAAGCAGAAACCAAUUGCACACAUCUUUUAGUCUUUCUUUUUUCUUUGGAAGGAUGGUGAUAUAAAAUUAAAUGUAUGCCUAUUACUAGGGUGUUAGUGAAGCUGAUAUAUUGUUACCUUUACCAAAAAUGCAAAUUUCUGAGCGGGGAAAGCCUUAUUCUACCUUUUGUAAUUCUGUAAUUAGUGAUCACUUUUAGAAGUGAAGUAUCUAUGACAAACAAAAGGUUUUGGAAGUGUAAGCAAAUUCUAAUCACUUGCAGUUCACAAAUAAAAGGAUUCAUAGCCAACAGAAAGAUAAAUGUAUGUGUAAUGGAAAGCUGAAUGCAGACACUUCAUUCUGAACUUCUGUUUUCUUCCAAAAAAAAAAAAAAUCCACUAUGUUUAUUAAAUAAGAAAUUAGCAUAGGUUGCAAAUUGGGGUGAUGAUGUUUCUACAAACAAUCACAGUAACACAUACAGCAGGAUUUUAAAGUGAUGCAUAUCUUUUUUUUUCAGAUUAGCUCUUCCUUCUAAGCUGGCUAUUGAGGAAAGGAAUUGCUGAAAUACUGCUACACAAAGCAAAGCGACCUUUCAGCUAACUUGUUUAUAUUAAUCUGUUCUGAUUAACUUUUGUUUGAUCUCAUCAGGCUGUUUUCUCUCACUCAACUUUAUUUCUGUAUUUUGACUAUAUAUUCUUUACUUUGAUACUAGUUUCAUAAAGUUAUUAAAUGUGGCUUGAAUAUUUGUUGAACUUGUUGAAGUCAGGGUUUGUUUGGCCUUCUUUUUUCUAAACUCUUUUUUUUUUUUUUCCCCCCUUCAUUUUGUUCAUGUUGCAAAAUACACUGUCAUUAUCGAAAUGUUCUAGUGAUGAUUAACUGGAAGUGUUCAAAGCGGUGGCAUCACUGCCCUCUGAUAGAAAGAUAUUGAGACCAGUAUAUAGGGAUCGUUCUGCCACAACGUAAACAAGUGUAUCACUCUUUAAAUAAAACAUGAUUUUGGUCCUUAAA